AUGUCCAACAAGCCCAUCUUCGUGGCUACCCACCCUAGAGCAUGCUCGACGGCAUUCGAGCGAGUCUUCAUGACUCAGCGGGAUACCCUGCAAUGCGUCCAUGAGCCUUUUGGCGAUGCCUUUUACUUCGGUCCCGAGAGACUGAGCGACAGAUACGAGCAAGACCAGAAAGCCCGCGCAGAGAGCGGCUUUGAAAACUCGACCUACAAGACCAUCUUCGACAACAUCAUGAAGGAGAACGAAGAGGGCAAACGCAUCUUCAUCAAGGACAUUACCCACUACCUGGCGCCUCCUGAUGGCAAGCCGGCAUCCAUCGCACCCUCAUUGAUGAAGGUCAAGCGUGGUGUCGGUACCAACGGCAGCAACCCCUUGACAGACAUGGUCAACGACUCCAACGCUUCAGACACCAAUGGUGCAGUGAAGGACUCUCCUCCCUACCCCUAUGCCACCGAGGCCGAGCCUGGAAAUCCCACCGUCGUCCCCACCGAAAUCUUGAACAAGUUCCAUUUCGCCUUCCUCAUCCGCCACCCCAAGCACAGCAUCCCUAGCUACUGGAGAUGCACUAUUCCCCCGCUUGACGCCAUCACUGGCUUCUACAACUUCAUGCCUUCCGAGGCUGGCUACGAUGAGCAGCGUCGCCUGUUCGACUACCUCCGUUCUUGCGGCCAAAUCGGUCCCAAGCAAGCAGGUCAGGACGGCGGGCAAAAGAGCGGACCUGUAGAGAUCUGUGUCAUCGACGCUGAUGAUCUUCUGGACAACCCCUCGGCCAUUCUUGAGCAGUUCUGCAAGAGUGUUGGCAUUGAAUACUCCCCUAGCAUGCUGAACUGGGACAAUGAGGACGAUCACGCUCACGCCAAAGAGGCAUUCGAGAAGUGGAGAGGCUUCCACGAGGAUGCCAUCAACUCAACCGAGCUCAAGCCUAGAACUCACAAGAAGGCCGAGAAGAGCGACGAGCAGCUCUUCGCUGAGUGGUCCGAAAAGUACGGCGAGGAGGCUGCCAAAAUCAUCCAACAGACCGUUGCAGACAACGUCAAGGACUACGAGCACAUGAAGCAGUUCGCCAUCAAGGUGUAA